AUGAACAAAAUGAUUCUAGUAAUUGCAUUGAUCUCCAUCACUUAUGCUCAAUUAACUUUCAAUGCUAAUAAUAAAUGCACAUGUGGUGAUUUAACAACAUAAUAGGAUUGUGCACAAUCAUCUCCAAUAUGUGUUUGGGACUCAAAAGGUAGUUCAUGUUCAACUGUAUCUUGUUCAAGUAUUGGUGAUCAAACAAGUUGUGCCAAAAAUUUGAAAUGUAUGUGGAAUGGCAAAGGAUGUGUUGAUUUUACACUUUGCAAUUAAUUAACAGGAGUCAACUAAGCAGAAUGCUAUGCAUAAUCAAAUAAUUGUCCAUAAUCUGAUGGUAAGAACUGUGCAAGCAAAGAAGCCUUAAAAUCUUGUUCAUCAUAUUCAAAUUAAACUAGCUGUGAUUUAACAAUUUCUUCUAAUGGAAUUUGCUUUUGGAGUACCAGUGGAUGCUCAGAAAUUACAAGUUGUGGUUAAUUGAAUCCAAAUACUUGUUCAUCAAUUGGAAAUGCAUGUUAAUGGAAUGCAACAAUAAGUAAUUGUACAUAAGCAAGUUGUGCUUAAUUUGGAAAUAAUUAUACUUGCACUUACUUCUAAACCCAACUCAAUAAAUUUGUGUAUUAAUUGUGUUAAUGGAAUUCUGCAAAUAACAAUUGUGUUGCUGCUAGUGACACAUCUUAACUCAACAUAAAUACUUGUUAUAAUUAAACCUUAUAAACAUAUAGAUGGAUAAGUAGUUCAAACAAAUGUGAUGUUUGUGCAGGAAAAAUAAUUUACAUAGUAAUCAUGGCUAUUUUUAUGAUUAUGAUAUGAU